GGCCUCCUCGGCAAUAUAACUUAAGUAGCAGACCGCCGUGCUCCCCAGCUCGCCCGAGUUUUGUCCUCUCCUCUUCUGACAUCAUGUCCUUUACUACUCGUUCCACCACCUUCUCCAGCAAUUACCGGUCCCUGGGCUCAGUCCAGGGACCCAGUUACAGUGUCCGGCCCGCCAGCAGCGCCGCCAGCGUCUAUGCAGGCGCCGGGGGCUCCGGCUCCCGGAUCUCCAUGUCCCGCUCCACCAGCUUCCGGGGCGGCUGGGGGUCUGGGGGCCUGGCCACAGGAAUGGCCGGGGGGCUGGCGGGAAUAGGGGGCAUCCAGACCGAGAAGGAGACCAUGCAAGAACUGAACGACCGCCUGGCCUCCUACCUGGACAGAGUGAGGAACCUGGAGACCGACAAUCGGAGGCUGGAGAGCAAAAUCCGUGAACACCUGGAGAAGAAGGGGCCCCAGGUCAGAGACUGGGCGCAUUACUUCAAGACCAUCGAGGACCUGAGGGCUCAGAUCUUUGCCAAUUCUGUGGACAAUGCCCGCAUCGUUCUGCAGAUUGACAAUGCCCGUCUUGCUGCUGAUGACUUUAGAGUCAAGUAUGAGACAGAACUGGCCAUGCGCCAAUCUGUGGAGAGUGACAUCCAUGGGCUCCGCAAGGUCAUUGAUGACACCAAUAUCACUCGACUGCAGCUGGAGUCAGAGAUCGAGGCUCUCAAGGAGGAGCUCCUCUUCAUGAAGAAGAACCACGAGGAGGGUUGGGCUGCGGUAGGGGCAUGGAGAAGCCAGGUGGCACACAGUGAGCAGAACACUUCCCUGGACAGUGCCAAGCUCUCUGGCCCAGAACAGUUCAUCCUGUCCUGUGCCACCCGGGAAGUAAGGAAGGCUUGA